AUGUCUAUCGAUUUUCCCAAGGAAGAGGAGGUUGUCCUCGAGCGGUGGCGCUCCAUCAACGCCUUCCAUCGUCAGCUUGAAUUGUCUGCUGGUCGCCCACCUUACACAUUCUACGAUGGCCCUCCAUUCGCUACAGGCCUUCCUCAUUAUGGCCAUUUGCUGGCGUCCACCAUCAAGGACAUCAUUCCUCGAUAUUGGUCCAUGAAGGGCUACCACGUCGAGCGAAGAUUUGGAUGGGAUACUCAUGGACUCCCUAUCGAACACGAGAUCGACAAGAAGCUGGGUAUCUCUGGCAAAGCGGCUGUGGAGAAACUUGGAAUUGCAAAGUACAACGAGGAGUGUCGCGCCAUUGUCAUGCGCUACGCUGCGGAAUGGAGGACUACGAUUGAGCGCCUCGGACGCUGGAUUGACUUUGACAACGAUUACAAGACUAUGGACCCGAAAUUCAUGGAAUCCCUGUGGUGGGUGUUCAAGCAGCUCCACGACAAAGAACAGGUGUAUCAGGGUGCCCGAGUUAUGCCUUACUCAACGGUGCUGACGACUGCCCUGAGUAACUUCGAAGCCAACCAAAACUACCAAGACGUUACGGAUCCAGCGGUCGUCGUAUCAUUUCCACUGCUGGAUGACCCGGACACUCACCUCUUGGCAUGGACAACCACUCCCUGGACACUGCCAAUGCAUCUUGGUCUGGCAGCGCAUCCCGACUUCGAAUAUCUCAAGAUCAAGGAUGGCAAGUCUGGAAAGACCUACAUCAUUCUCGAGGGUUUACUCGGAACUUUGUACAAGGACCCCAAGAAGGCCGACUUCAAAAAAAUUGGUACCAUCAAGGGAUCGGAGAUGCUUGGGUGGAGAUAUGAGCCAUUGUUUGACCACUUCUAUGAAGAAUUCAAAGAUGUUGGAUUCAGAGUCCUGAAUGCUACCUACGUCACAUCAGACAGCGGUGUGGGAGUCGUUCACCAAGCCCCAGCUUUCGGUGAGGACGAUUACAACGUAGCCAUAGAGAACGGCAUCAUCAACGAAAACCGCCCUCCUCCGGAUCCGAUCAACGAAACUGGACACUUUACUGAUCGGGUUCCCGAAUUCGCCGGUAUGCAUGUCAAGGAGGCCGACAAACACAUUAUCAAGCACCUCAAGAAGACCGGGCGAUUGGUCGUCGAGUCUCAGCUUCGCCACUCUUACCCCAUGUGCCCCCGUUCUGAUACUCCCCUUAUCUACAGAGCCGUGCCUUCGUGGUUCAUUCGCAUUCCAGAAAUCAUCCCAAGCAUGCUUAAGAACAUUGAAGACUCCCACUGGGUUCCAUCAUUUGUCAAGGAGCGUCGAUUUGCCAGCUGGAUUCAAAAUGCCAGAGAUUGGAAUGUUGGAAGAAACCGAUACUGGGGAACUCCCAUCCCGCUCUGGGUUUCCGACGAUAUGGAGGAGCGCGUCUGCGUGGGAAGCAUUGAGGAACUCCGAGAGCUCAGUGGCUACACCGGAGAUCUGUCCGACAUUCACCGAGACAAGAUCGACCAUAUCACUAUUCCCAGCAAGAAGGGUAAGGGUACCCUGAAGCGUGUCACAGAGGUCUUUGACUGUUGGUUCGAGUCUGGCAGCAUGCCCUAUGCCAGUCAACACUAUCCUUUUGAGAAUGUUGAGAAAUUCAAGAACUCGUUCCCUGGUGACUUCAUCGCAGAGGGUCUUGAUCAGACACGAGGUUGGUUCUAUACUCUACUGGUGCUGGGAACACACUUGUUCGGCACUUCGCCUUUCAAGAACUGUGUGGUGAACGGUAUCGUUCUGGCAGAAGACGGAAAGAAGAUGUCAAAACGAUUGAAGAACUACCCAGACCCAGCUCUAGUGAUGCAGAAGUUUGGAUCGGAUGCCCUGCGGCUCUACCUUAUCAACUCUCCCGUCGUGCGAGCAGAGCCACUGCGAUUCAAGGAGACUGGAGUGCGAGAAGUUGUCCAAAAGGUACUUCUGCCACUUUGGAACAGCUACAAGUUCUUUGAAGGCCAAGUUGCGCUUUUGAAGAAGGUUGAGGGCGUUGACUACAUGUGGAACGUUGGAUUGGAGACUACAAACACAAACGUGAUGGACAAGUGGAUUCUGGCCAGCUGCCAAAGUCUGCUACGAUUUGUCAACGAGGAGAUGAAAGGAUACCGACUGUACACUGUGGUCCCUCGACUUCUUGAGCUCAUUGAUAACACGACCAACUGGUACAUCAGAUUCAACCGACGCAGGUUGAAGGGAGAGAAUGGACUGAAUGAUACCCUACAUGCGCUUAACGCUCUGUUUGAUGUCCUCUUCACUCUGUGCAGAGGACUGGCUCCCUUCACCCCGUUCCUGUCCGAUACCAUCUAUCAGAAGCUCCUUCCACAUAUUCCGAAGGAGUUGCAGGCUGAGGACCCUCGAAGUGUUCAUUUCCUACCCUUCCCGGAAGUCAAGGAAGAGCUAUUCGACGCUGAAGUUGAGCGACGAGUAUCAAGAAUGCAGCGGGUCAUCGAGCUGGGUCGUGUUUCCCGCGAGCGCAGAACCAUUGGUCUCAAGACACCACUUCGAACCUUGGUCGUCAUCCACCAUGACAACCAGUACCUUGAGGAUAUUAAGUCACUUGAAUCCUACAUCACUGAAGAAUUGAACGUUCGGGAUUUGGUGCUCACAUCGGACGAGGCCAAGUACAAUGUCCAGUAUAGCGUGACCGCUGACUGGCCGGUUCUUGGUAAGAAGCUCAAGAAGGACAUGGCUCGAGUCAAGAAAGCCUUACCUACCUUGACUAGUGAGCAAGUCCAAAGCUAUCUCAUUGACAAGAAGAUCCUUGUCGAUGGCAUUCCCUUGGAGGAAGGUGACCUUGUUGUGCGCAGAAGUGUAAAGGAGGACGAGGCCUCCAAGAAGCUGGAAAUCAACACGGACGGCGCAUUAUUAACCAUUUUGGAUUCUGAGAUAUACCCGGAGCUGGCUCAAGAAGGAUUGGCCAGAGAGAUUGUCAACCGAGUGCAGCGUCUGCGCAAGAAGGCCGGCCUGCAACCCACUGAUGAUGUCAAAAUGGAGUACCAGGUCGUGUCUGACCCUGAGAAUCUCGGCCUGGCAGAUGUGAUGGUGUCACAGACAGCUACUUUUGAGAAGGUUCUUCGACGACCUGUCGAGAAGCGUGAGGAGGGAGCUACAGGCGAGCUCAUUGCGGAAGAAGAGCAAGAGAUUCAGCAGGCCAUUCUGUUGCUUCGUCUUGUAAAACUUUGA